AUGGACGCGGACGCGGCGACGCCGGAGGCGACGACGUCGGAGGCGCGCGCGCGAUCGCGAGCGACGGUUGCGGGCGAGGUGGAUGGCGGACUCGACGACGACACGUCGUUGUUAUCGGCGAGAGAGCGGACGGAGAAUAGCUCGAAGAAUGACGUCGUGGAGAGAGACGUGAGGUUUAGGAUCACCGGGAUGACGUGCUCGGCGUGCGUGGGAACGGUGGAGCGAGCGAUGAUGGACGCGCGGGGCGUCGCGCGCGCGGCGGCGUCGACGGCGACGGGAGAGGCGAGAGCGGUUUUAGAUGAUGAAGCGAACGAGCGAGAGGUCAUAGACGCGAUCGUGCGAGAGGUUGAGAGCUGUGGGUUCGAGUGCGAGCCGAUGGAGACCGUGAACGAGCGUCGAAGCCGCAUAGGGUCCUCGGCGGUGAAGACGGUGAAGCUGGCGGUGGACGGAAUGUCGUGCUCGGCGUGCUCUGGGGCGGUUGAAAAUGCUCUGAGAGCAGUCGUUGGGGUGUCCUCGGCCACCGUGAGCGUGCUCCCGUACGGUGCCGCGAUAGUUGUGUACGAUUCGAACGCCACUGGUGCUCGAGACUUCAUAGAAGCCGUCGAGGAGAUUGGUUUCGGGGCGAGUGUGUAUCACUCAGCGGAGGACGACGGGUCGACAACGACGCGCGAGUUGUCAAGGUUUCGCGAGGAUUUGAAGUUAGCAAUAUCACUCACGGCGCCCAUUGUACUCAUGAAUCUCAUCGUGGAGCGCAUUUGGACUCCGAGACUAGGUAGACUGUCUCUUUGGGUGCUGGUGAAGUUUGCACUCGCGUCGCGAGUGCAGUUUGGCGUCGGCAUGCGGUUCCAUCGCGGGGCGUGGAACUCCCUUAAACGCGGCGCGAGCAACAUGGAUGUUCUGGUAUCUCUCGGCACCAACGUCGCUUAUAUCGUGAGCGUGGGCGGCAUGCUCUCUUGUCUGAGCUCUGGAUCGAUGUGCGCCCGCGAUUACUUCGACACGAGCGCUCUGUUGAUCACUUUCAUCUUGAUCGGAAAGUACCUCGAAACUUCAGCGCGGGGGAAGACGAGCACGGCGAUCACGAAGCUUCUUGAACUCACGCCUAGCGAAACCGUGCUCCUCGUAUCAACGAAAACGGGUGAAGAGAUCGAGAGGAGAGUCGCCACGGAGUUGAUCCAGGUGGGCGAUCUGCUGAAGGUGUUGCCAGGCGCGCGCGUCCCGGCUGACGGAGUCAUCAUUCGUGGCCACGCAUACGUCGAUGAAUCCAUGAUCACCGGAGAGCCGAUGCCGGUCAUGAGAAAGAUAAAUGGAAGAAUCACGGGAGGUACGAUCAAUGAAGGUAACGCUUUCGUCAUGCGCGCAGAGCGGCUCGGUGCUGACUCGACUCUUCAUCAGAUAGUGCGCCUCGUCGAGGAUGCGCAGCUCUCAAAGGCACCAAUCCAAGCCUUUGCAGAUAGGCUCUCGAACGUCUUCGUGCCAUUCAUCGUCGUUCUCGCGAUGGUUACAUUCUUCUCCUGGCUUGUUGCCGGUUGGACAAGUUCCAUUCCAGCCGGUUGGAUACCGGCGGAUGAAAACAAAACGUUGUUUGCGAUGUGGUUUGGCGUCGCCGUGCUCGUGACGGCGUGCCCUUGUGCUCUUGGAUUGGCGACGCCGACGGCGAUCAUGGUCGGAACGAGCGUUGCUGCGGGGAGUGGCAUUUUGGUUAAAGGAGGAGAAGCUAUGGAAGUAGCUUCCCGUUUGGACGUCGUCGCCUUCGACAAAACAGGUACCUUGACCACCGGUUCACCGACAGUGGUUGCGUUUAAAUCGACUCGGCCGGAAAAUCUCGAUUACAUCAUCAGUGUGGUCGUUUCCAUCGAGAAGGACAGCGAACAUCCAAUCGCAAAAGCCGUGAGAGACUAUGCUCGACGUCGCAGUCCUACUGAGCUCGCCUUGAGCGCUAAGUCAGAGGUUCAAAUUGUCGCCGGCCAAGGUGUGUGCUGUGUCGUGAACGGGAUCGCAGUGGCUGUUGGAAACGGUAAACUGAUGAGCGAACGCGGUAUGAAAGUCGUUUCAAAGGACAUUGAAGACUUUACCGUGGAGCAUGAAGAUUCUGGACACACAGUGGUGCUCGUCGGCAUCGGAAACGCCGUGGGUGGAGCGUUCGCGGUAUCUGAUGAAUUGAGACCGGACGCGAAGGACGUUGUGGCGGCGCUAAGAGAGCGAGGCAUCAAAAGCGUCAUGGUGACGGGAGAUAACUGGAAAACCGCGCGUGCGAUCGCAAGUGCAUGUGGAAUUGAGGAGUUUCACGCCGAGGCGUCUCCAGCAGAUAAGGUGGCGUUCCUAAAGAAGUUACAAGGGGAAUGUUCGCCGAGAUCAAAGAAUAAAUUCGAAGCGUCAAAGGUUGCAAUGGUUGGCGACGGCAUCAACGACGCCCCUUCGUUAGCUGCGGCAGACUUAUCGAUGGCGAUAGGCGCCGGAACAGACGUCGCCAUCGAAGCGGCCGAUUUAGUCCUCAUGCACGCCGAUCUGUACACUGUGGUGCGGGCCGUGGACAUCUCCCAAAAGACGUUUCGACAGAUCCGGCAAAACUACGUUUGGGCGCUGAGUUACAAUGUUAUCGCACUCCCCCUGGCGGCUGGUUGUUUAUAUCCGACAAUUAAGGUUCCGCCCUGGGUCGCAAGUAUCUUGAUGGCUAUCAGCAGCAUCUCAGUCGUCCUCGCGUCGUUGUCGCUGAAGAGGAAGUGUCGAGAGCAACGGCACACGGUGUUGCGCAGCAUUGAGAUAUCAUCGGCAGCUUAG